GACGAUAAGUGCUCUCUAGAUGCAAUACUUUCCAAUAAUUGUACAAUCGAAGAGGAAUAAAUGGAGACGAUAAGGGAGCCAGGGGUAAGUCCAGGAGGAGAGGUAGUGGAGGAAGACGAUGGAAUCCUCUCAAUUCCACGGGGCGGACCCAUUUACGCCCCCAACCUUGUGAGCCCCCUCUCUUCGGUUCCCCACUUCGAGGCUUCUCUUCUCCUGCAACUUCAGAAUCUAGAGGCGGAACUAGGCUGUUCAGAUUCGUCUCAACCGUGUGAUGAAGAUAUUUCGGUUGAUGAGCUUAAAAUAUUGCGUGAAGAAGAGUUAGUGGAUAUGGCUAUGAAAGUAGCAUUUCAGCAGGGUGAAGAGAACCACGAAAAUUCUUCCCAACCUUCGGAAGAGCAGUCCGCCGCUGCAGGGGAAAAAGAUGCUCACAGUAGAUCAAGAAAUAAGCAUGCAUGCUCAGAAAGCUUUUCAGGAGGGGAAAAGCUUUUAUCUUCAUUUGAGAUCCAAAGCAAUUCUCCUUCCCUAACUGAUUGCAUUCAAACUAGCCACUCAAGGAAGAGAAAGAGAAGAAAAGUGAAUAACCAUGCCAUUGAAGAUAGUUAUACUGCAAAGGUGGAGCAACUUGUAAAAAUUAAACAAAAGCAGGAUGAAGACAAAGCAGCAGCAAGAUUGCACUCAUUCAAUGGUGGUUGCGAAAUAAAUGAAAGUGCCAUUACUUUGUCAGAAGGAACUGAAAGGAUGAAAUCUCUCAGAUUUACAAGUUAUGCUACGAAGGUGAAAUCACCAAGCAUUGGGGAACACAGAGCUGUGCCGUAUCCAGAAGUUGUUCUUUGUGUUGAGGUUUACCAUAGCUCACGGAAGUGGGUGAAGACUCAGGAGUUUUUGGUCCUAGGCCAUCAAACCUUGACUGAACUGAGGGAUAAGAUCUAUUGCUCAACUGACCAGGUGAUGCUGAAGGCUGGGCAGCAUGAUCCUUCUGGAUAUUUCCUUGUAGAAGAUGUAUUUUUCAACGAUUUGAGGGAUCCCUCUGCUAUAGAUUAUAGUGAACCUAUCUUUGACUGGCUCAGAAACUCUAAGGAUGAGGCUCUUAAGAAAUGGGAAAGCAUUACAACUGGGGAAUUACAACAGAAGCAGAAAGCAAUUGUUGGAGAUGUUACAGGCCUGCAAUUGCCUAAGUUCAAAGCUGUUGACAUGCACAUGACACGGUUUUGUGACUUAAGAUUUCGACUUGGUGCUGGAUAUCUCUACUGUCACCAGGGAGACUGCAAGCAUGCAAUGGUGAUAAGAGACAUGAGGUUAAUUCAUCCAGAGGACGUGCACAACCGAGCUGGUUACCCAAUAGUCUUAUUUCAACUAAAAUCUCGUGUUCAGAAAUGUGAUGUUUGUAAGAUAUAUAGAGCUACAAAGGUGACGGUUGAGGACAGGUGGGCCCAGAAGAACCCUUGCUAUUUUUGUAAAGACUGUUAUUUUCUUCUUCAUUAUGGUAAGGAUGAGUCUCUGCUGUAUAAUGACUUCUCAGUAUACGAUUAUCAACAUGAUUAGUUGAGUUGUUCACAUUGAACUGAAGGUCAGCCUUAAUUUA